AUUGUGUUGUUAUUAGGUGAAGAGUUUUUUUUGAAUGAAAGGUAGUGUGAAUUUGUGAUGAUCAUUGGUUCAAUAUGAGCAGCAAAUUGAAGAGAUACGAGAAGAUCGAGUUCUUGGGUGAAGGUCAAUUCGCUACAGUAUAUAAAGCACGCGAUGUGAAGACGGAGGCUAUCGUCGCCGUGAAGAAGAUCAAGUUGGGAAGCAGAGUGGAUGCUCAGGAUGGGAUCAACAGAACUGCCCUGAGGGAGAUCAAGAUCCUGCAGGAGCUGGACCACAAGAAUCUGAUGGGACUGCUGGACGUGUUCGGACACAUGUCCAAUGUGUCUCUGGUCUUUGAUUUCAUGGACACAGAUUUGGAAGUGAUCAUCAAGGAUAACACAAUCAUCUUGACGACCGCGAACAUCAAGUCGUACAUCAUACAGACCCUGCAGGGGCUCGAAUACCUGCACAUGAAUUGGAUCCUGCACAGGGAUCUGAAACCGAACAAUCUGCUGGUGAAUUCGAAUGGUGUGCUGAAGAUUGGUGAUUUCGGUUUAGCUAAAUUGUAUGGAUCACCUAAUAGGCUGAACACUCAUCAGGUGGUGACCAGGUGGUACAGGGCUCCGGAGCUUCUGUUCGGUGCAAAGCAGUACAGUGUUUGCAUAGACAUGUGGGCUGUUGGCUGUAUUUUAGCUGAACUGCUGCUUAGGCUACCAUUCUUACCAGGCGAAUCAGAUUUAGAUCAAUUGACUAGGAUAUUUCAGGUGUUUGGCAAUCCUACAGAGGAGAACUGGCCUGGCUUGAAGAUGCUCAGUGACUAUAUUGAAUUCAAGCCGUUUGCGCCUGUGCCCCUCAAGCAUAUCUUCACUGCAGCUGGUGAUGAUCUUCUCGAUGUUAUAUCAGGUUUGCUAGUUCUUAAUCCUUUGGAGAGGACCAACUGCACGGAGACCUUGCAGAAGUCAUUCUUCAGUAACAAACCUGCACCCACUUAUGGACCAAAACUACCACUACCUCAGAACAUCAGGAAACUCAAGGAUCUGGAGAAACCCUCGUUGAAACGCAAACUGUUGGAGAGCGCGGAAGGAGGGACUUUAUCAAAAAGAUUACUGUUUUAAGUUCAUGUUUUUUUCCUUUUUGUAAUAAAUGUAAAUUUUUCAUUAAUCUUUUUGAUAUUAUACACAAAAGAAAAUUAAAUAUAAGAUUCUCAAUACAAACUGAUGACAUGUU